GAGAGCUAACUAUUGUCUUGGUUAAGAAGUCUGUUUUGAACCAGUUGUAAAAUGUCUCUGUCCUUUUCUUUGGAGGAGAAUUAUUCUCUUUUGCCACUCAAUGAUUCAUUUGUACCAAAUGAGUUAGGUUCACCUUCACGUCAUGGACGUGUGAAAGGUUACGACGAAGAGUUUGAUCCGCCAUUGGAAAGCAAGUACAAAUGUACUAUUUGUCAUCUUGGUCUUCGAAAUCCUGUGCAGACGUUCUGCGGUCACAGAUUCUGUAGAGAAUGCAUUUUACACUCAAUAAGGGAUAGCCAUGGUGACUCACUUUGCCCUUUGGAUAGAACACCUUUGUCAGAAUCACAGUUUUACCCAGACAAAUUUGUGGAGCGCGAAAUUUUGGAAUUUGAAGUAUUUUGUCAAGCCAAGAAACAAUCUGGGUGUCUAUGGAAAGGUCCCCUUUCAACAUUAGAGGAUCACUUAAGUGGAUGCCAAUUUGUUGUUGUGAACUGUAAACACAACUGUGGCAAACAGCUACAAAGGAGAGACAUCCACCAACACGUGGAAGCUGAGUGCUUGUACAGGAAAACUCCAUGCGAACAUUGUGAGGAUCCAGUUUUAUGGAACGAAGUUGAGAAACAUUUUGAAAACUGCUCCAGGUAUCCUCAGCAAUGUGAAAAAUGUAAAGAGGAGGGCAUUAAAAGAGACAAGAUGAAAUUCCACUUGGAACACAAUUGCCCAAAAGUGAAGAUAGAAUGUCCCUUUAACCUUGUUGGGUGUGCAUUUGAGGGCUUACGAUCUGAUAUUGGAAAACACCUUGCUAAUGAGCAUUUUCAUGAAAUCAUGGAUUUAAUGAAAAUUGUAGUGAGCUAUCAAAUGGAAGUCACAAGAAAAGAUUCAAACCAAAUAGAAGUCAAAUCCAAGGGUGAAAAUGAAUCUCUUAUUGACAGAAAAGAAAAACAGAUUGAGCAGCUUGAAAGUGAGGUUGAUGCCCUCAAACAAACUGUUUGUGAGCUUUCCAGCCACAUGAACUGUUUAGAGCUCCAGCAAAAGAAAAUGCACAGCUUGGUGCUUAAACAGGAAAUCAAGUAA